AUGAUUUAUACAUACAGCAAAACACUGGUAGUUCGUUUUAGAUGUUCUUCUCUUUUAGAUUCAACAAUCCAUAAACUGUCUUCAUCUCUCAAAUCCAUCUCAACUUCCUCAAAUCAAUACUCAUUUACUGUAAAAUACCUCAUAAAUUCAUGUGGGUUUAGUCCAGAAAUUGCUAUUUCUGCUUCCAAAAAAGUCAAUUUUAAAACCCUAGACAACCCAGAUUCAGUUCUAAACUUCUUCACGAACCAUGGAUUCAGCAAAAUCCAGAUCUCGGCUGUCAUCAGAAAACGCCCAAAAUUUCUCUUAUCGGAUCCUAAGAAAACCUUUUUGUCCAAAUUCGAGUUCUUUUACUCCACUGGCAUUUCCAGCACUAAGCUCGCCAAGAUAGUAUCCACUCGCCCACUUUUAUUGACACGAAGUUUGGAGAACCAUAUCAUCCUAUGUUUCAAUUUGUUCAUCAAUUUAUUUCAUUCAGAUGAUAAGUUUAUCACGGCCUUUAAACGAUUUCCUAUGAUUGUAGAGCACUAUCAUAGUGCUAAUACAUUCUCCAACAUUGAAAUUUUGAGACAACAAGGUGUGCCAGAUUCGAAUAUUGUGUUCUUACUUACUGCUUGGACUAAUUCACUUAGCAUAAAAACUGAAAGAUUCAAUGAGGUAGUGGAGGAUGUUAAGAAAAUGGGUUUCAACCCUUCAAAAUACCAGUUUGUUACAACGGUUCACGCAUUGAAUUUAAUGGGCAAAUCAGAAUGGAAAAGGAAAAUGAAGGUUUAUGAGAAGUGGGGUUGGUCUGAGGAAGAAACAAUGUUGGCUUUUACAACACAUCCGGGUUGUAUGUUGACAUCAGAGGAGAAGAUAAUGGCGGUUCUGAAUUUUUAUGUCAACACAAUGAGUUGGAAGUCUUCCCUAAUUGCCAGUCGUCCAAAAUUAAUGGCAUUGAGCUUGGGUAAGAGGAUUAUUCCCAGGUAUUCAGUACUACAAGUUUUGUUGUCGAAAGGUUUGAUUAAGAAACCCAUUAGUAGAGUGACAUUGUUGGAGUCCACAGAGAGUGUGUUCCUCGAGAAGUUUGUGACCUGUUAUGAGGAAGCUCCUCAGUUGUUGAAACUAUAUGAAGAAAAAUUGGACCUUGCAAAAUAA